UUUGUUUUUUUUUUCCACCCAAUCCUCUCACGCCAAGACUCGUUCAGAUAAUCCCCUAAACAAUCCUCCACGUGUCAAAAAUAGAAUGGAUAACUACUCCCAUUCCCUAGUCACAAUCUCACCUUACAAUCACCCUUCACACUCGCACCGCUGUUUGUCUAAACCUUGAAGAAUCAGAUGCAAACGGUCAUCAACUCACUCCUAUGAAUAUUACCCGUCAGAUUAAUUCUUUCAACGUGAACCGUCCGACCCAAAACCCACGCGAAUCUCACCAUUCAAUAAGCACAAAGAAAGAAAAAAAAAUUGAAAUUUCAAAACUUAGCAGGAGAGAGGGAGGUGAACCGGAGGGCGAAGAGGAAGAGGAAGCAGAACACCAACAAGAAAAAAUAAAAAAAAAGUCCUCAACACUUUUGCUUCUUUCUCCCUUCUUUAUUUUACAAAAUCAAUACUGUAAAAACCCUAGCCCGCUCUUUCUCUCUGUAGAGUUCUUUAGUUUUUUUUUCUCUCUCUAUGCAAUCGAUCGAAUCAAAAUUUUCUCCAUUUUUUUGGCCCUCUUGAUGGAAACAUCGAGCUUGGAGAAAUCGCGGAUAUUUUUGUAAUUUGAGGUUUUGGAGAUUGUAGAUUGGGAUUUGGAUCUAAAAUUGGGUGAAUUUGAGUUGAUUUAAGGCAAUUUGUGAGGUUAUUCGGUGGAUUUUUCAGUUGUGGUUGUGUGGAGGAAUUGGAAAAAGAUUGGAAUUUGAUUAAUUUUUUUUGAAAUUCAGGGGAGUUUUAAUUGGAUGGGGGAAGGAGAAGGAGGUGAAUUCCCGCCAAAAAAGGUGCAACCUGAUACGGCAGAUUUUCCGUUUAAGAAGCGAGUAACGCAGCUCGAUUUCACGGCCGGUUUUGGCGGGGUUUCUUCUGGAGUUGUAGUUUUGCCGGAACACCCGCAAUCCACACAAGGGAUGGUUGCAUCUUUGUCUUCAGCUGCGGCGGCUGCAGUUACUCAGCAACAGCAUCAGCAGCAGCAGCAGCAGAAACAGAUAAAGCCACCGAUGGUGUCGACCGCCACUGUGGCUUAUGCGCAACCUCCUCCUAUUAAUACAGCAUCUCCAAGGGUUGUAAAACCAGAAUCCCCAAAAGCAAAACCAAGACCAAAUGAACUAAAAGAUGCUACUCCAAAGAAGCAGAAGCAGUGUAACUGUAAACAUUCUCGGUGUCUGAAACUGUACUGUGAAUGCUUUGCAUCUGGCAUAUAUUGUGAUGGGUGUAACUGUGUUAAUUGUUAUAACAAUGUUGAGAAUGAAGCUGCGAGACGAGAUGCUGUUGAAGCAACCUUGGAGCGUAAUCCAAAUGCAUUCAGGCCAAAAAUUGCUAGCAGCCCACAUGGUGCACGAGAUAGUAGGAAAGAGGCCGGGGAAGUUUUAAUGUUGGGAAAGCACAACAAAGGAUGCCACUGCAAGAAAUCUGGGUGCCUUAAAAAGUACUGUGAGUGUUUCCAAGCUGACAUUCUCUGCUCUGAAAACUGCAAAUGCAUGGACUGCAAAAAUUUUGAGGGAAGUGAAGAGAGACAGGCUCUAUUUCAUGGUGAUCAUGCCAACAAUAUGGCCUAUAUUCAGCAGGCAGCAAAUGCUGCCAUAACUGGAGGUAUUGGGUCCUCAGGUUAUGCAUCUGAUCCAGUAUCCAAGAAGAGAAGAUGUCAGGAACUGUUCUUUGGGUUAACUGCCAAGGAUCCAUCUGUUCACAGGCUUGGACACUUUCCACAGGAAAAUCAUAUCAGAGGUUCUGCACCCUCCUCUUUCUUGUCUUCUAUGCCAGUUUCUCAUGCUGGUACAACUGCUGGAGUAGGCCCAUCAAAAUUCACAUAUAGGUCUCUGUUAGCAGACAUCAUUCAAAACCAGGACUUGAAGGAGCUUUGCUCUGUUUUGGUAGUUCUAUCUGGAGAAGCUGCAAAGACACUUGCAGAUCAGAGAAGUUUGACUCAAAAACGGGCUGAAGAUCAGACAGCAACUUCCCUUGCAUCAUCCACUCAAGACAGGCUGCAAAGCCAGAAGGAUUCUGAUGCUGAGAAAACCAUGGCUGAUGAUUGUUUAAGUGCAAACCAGGCUAAUAAAGCUGGUCCUGAGGAUUCCAGCUCAGAUGGUGCUGAUAUGGCAGAGGGAAGGCCUAUGUCUCCAGGAACUUUGGCAUUGAUGUGUGAUGAACAAGAUGCAAUGUUCAUGGCAACUGCUUCUCCUAAUGGGAUCAUGGACCAUGACUGCAGCACAUCUUCACAUUUGCCUUAUGGAAAGGGCAUGACAGAGAUUUAUGCAGAGCAGGAAAGAAUUGUUUUGACAAAGUUUCGAGAUUGUCUCAAUAGGCUUAUCACUUUCGGAGAAAUAAAGGAAACGCAGUGUUCAUCAUUGGCUAGAACAGAGAUAGGUAGUCAAAGAGGCCCACUCAGCAAUGGAACUGAAGUUGUCAGAACUGAGACUGGGAAUUGACAGGGAUUCAUUACCAAUGAAGUUGCAAAAAAUGUCAGUCCAACUACAGUUAAGACAUCUCAGCUGGCUGCUGAGGUGGUCGGUCACCACCACAAAUAAUGAUCCCCCUAGAGUUCCAUUCCUCCCUGAAAAUGGAGAUGCGAAAUCAAGAACAGAAAAACAAAUGUAAAGAUCCUAAAUGCUGACAAUUGGCCCAAGAUAUAUUUAUCGGUUUUCUGCCUCAACCAGUGUAAAUUGCACAGUACUAUAUGCGCUUCAUGCCAAUGAUCACGAUAAUUUCUGUUCUUAGAUGCUAGGAGUUUGUUAAUCGAUCCCAAUUUUUGGUAAAAACAAAGAGCAAUUUUAUAAUUUUUUAAUGGAGUAUGUAGCUUAGAGUUCCAUAAAAAGAAAGCUGAUUAGUGCUUAAUUAGUCCCGUUCAAAAACAUCUAUGGGGAAAUUAGUUGUCUUGUAUUGAGUGCUACUUGCCCAUCCAUUUUUUGAGGGAUUUUUUUUUUAUAGCAUGGAGUUGCCUCAACCAUUAAUGUUCUCAUUAUUUAUAUGUAUAUUAUUCUUCUGAAAUGAAAAGUUUUCAGGCUCUUUGUUUUGUGGUAUGGUUUGCCUGGUCCUUGGGUUUGGUGUUUUCAUUUUUCUCUUCAACCGAAUUGGAUUCUGGCUUUACUUUCCUAGUUCAGAAGAUGAAAAGAGAAAGGGAAGAACAUAAAAUUGAAAUGCUCUUAAGCAAGCUAUCAAGGGAUUAAGGGUACGGCCAUAAAGUGCUGCCGUACCCAUGAAGAUAAUCCGAGGCGUAAGCCUCAAAUUCAAAUAGUGAAAUGAAAUGGGCGAAAUAAAAUUUAUAAAAUGAAAGAUUUUUUUUAGAAAGUGUAAGUAAUACAAAUGCAUGAUGUAGUCUUUACGAAUAAGAGAGUUUCUCUUUUAAUCCUAAAUCGUAUAUACAAAAGUUAAGAUUUUAAUACCACUCAGUUCAGUAAUAUUGAAGUCAAUUUCAAAUUCGUGAAUUUUGUAAAACA